UAUUUUUUCAUUUCCCACUUUAUGGCUGUUUCCCAUUCCAACCACGAAAUCCAAAUCCAGCAAAGAAAAAGAAGAUGGUGAUGGCUUCAUCUCUCUUCUCUUCUUCUUUGAUAGAUGGAGCAGCAAUUUCAUCAAAUUCAUCGAGAAAUCUCCAUUUUAACCUCAACACCACUAAAUCGAAGAAGAAGAAGUUGGCCUACUACUCAAGUUGCAGAUCUUCAUGGCAAGAGAUUGCUGGAGUUGUAAUCUUUUCUGCAAUUCCUUUCACUGCUGUGAAAGCCAUUGCUAACAGUUCAAUCGGGCAAACACUUCAGAGACGAAUGCUUAUUACUAAAAAUGCAUCACUUCAGAAUUCUUCUUAUUUUAAAGAUUUAGCCGACAAAGCAAGACAGGCCAGUUUUUGGUAUGGAGAAGAUCGGCCUCGGUGGCUUGGCCCAAUCCCGUUUGACUAUCCUUCUUAUCUUUCUGGAGAACUACCUGGUGAUUAUGGAUUUGACAUUGCUGGUCUAAGCAAAGACCCCGUUGCUUUCCAGAAAUAUUUCAACUUUGAAAUAUUGCACGCUCGUUGGGCUAUGCUAGGUGCCCCUGGUGCUCUGAUUCCAGAGCUUUUGGACCUCUCCGGUGUCAUUCACUUUGUUGAACCCAUCUGGUGGAAAGUCGGCUAUGCCAAGCUUCAGGGGGAUACUCUCGACUACCUAGGCAUCCCUGGACUGCAUAUUGCAGGAAGCCAAGGAGUACUUGUCAUAGCUAUUUGUCAAGCACUUCUAAUGGACUUAUACAUGGUUUUAUAACUUUCAACACCUACUCAAUAACCUUUUUGAGAACAGUAAUAUAUUUAGAUUCAGGAUUAACUCAACAUCUCUAUCGAUAAGGUGAGGUGAUUUCUGAAACCUCAAUACUGAAACUGACAGUCGCUUCUAAACUCUCAAUCCCGCAUUUUUCCAUAGUGAAAUAAAUUUCGUCGUUUGGAUGUUAUUGAGCAUUUGAAGGUGGUCUCUGACGCUCUCUUAUUUAAAAUAAAAAUAAAAAUUCAAAAUAGGUAGGGCCAGAAUAUGCAAGAUAUUGUGGGAUAGAGGCAUUGGAGCCUCUGGGUAUUUACUUGCCUGGUGACUUGAAUUAUCCAGGGGGUGGGCUUUUUGAUCCCCUGGGAUUGUCCAAGGACCCAGUUGCUUUUGAGGAGUUGAAGGUGAAAGAGAUUAAGAAUGGGAGGCUGGCGAUGGCUGCAUGGCUAGACUUCUAUGUCCAAGCAGCUUUGACAGGAAAAGGCCCUAUACAAAACCUUCUUGAACACAUCUCAGAUCCAUUGCACAUUAACAUACUAUCAUCAUCAUUUCUCAAUUCUUAGAAAUUUAGUUUUGUACUCAUAAUAAUUCAAAACGUAUUUAUGUAUGGUUAUACAACUCCAGCGUCAUUCAUUAUACAAAUGCUCUGAGUUACACGGUAUCUGGUAGAUCAUCUUCACAUCUGAUGUUAUAUGUGGUGUGUUUUGAUGUGUGUCAUGAGUCCAUAUUUUUAAAAGGUGUAUAUUUUCACGUGGAUGGGGGCUUCGGGAUUCUGCAGGUCAUCUAUGUUUAUUACAGCAUGCUUAAUUUUAUUUUAUUUUGGUUUCAAUA